AGCCAGUUUUUAGGUUGGCUUGCGCAGAAAAGUGAAAAGAGAAUGCUCUACUUGAACCGAUGUCAGCAUCUGAAACAAAUAACUCAGAAAUGCUUUUCUAGUACACAUGUGAAAACGGAUAAACAUGCACAGCUAUUUCUUUCAAGAACCUUUGCACUUGCAGAAUUAAGGAAGUCAUGGCACUCAAUCUACUCUCUUGUUGGAGACAAAAAUAUUAUCCUGAUGGGACCACCCGGUGCUGGGAAAACAACAGUAGGCAGAAUAAUAGGUCAGAAACUAGGUUGUUGUGUCAUAGAUGUGGAUGAUGAUAUCCUUGAAAAAACCUGGAAUAUGAGUGUGUCUGAAAAAUUGCAGGAUGUUGGUAAUGAGCAAUUUUUAGAAGAGGAAGGAAAAGCUGUGUUAAACUUCUCUGCAUCUGGAAGUGUGAUUUCCCUUACUGGGUCCAAUCCAAUGCAUGAUGCUAGCAUGCGGCAUCUGAAGAAAAAUGGAAUAAUUGUUUAUCUGGAUGUACCUCCAAUAGAUAUAGUUAGUCGUCUAAAAUUAAUGAAAAUAGAUAGGAUUGUAGGUCAGAAUUCUGAAACAUCUAUGAAAGACUUACUUAAGUUUAGAAGACAGUAUUAUAAGAAGUGGUACGAUACUCGUGUUUUAUGUGAAAAUGGGGCUUCCCCGGAGGAGGUAGCUGACAAAGUGCUGAAUGCAGUUAAAAGAUACCAAGAUGUGGACUCCGAAACAUUCAUUUCCACAAGACACAUUUUGCCUAAAGACUGUGAACAGAAGGUCCCAACAAAAUUCUUCAGUGAAGCUGUGACUGAGGGGUUAGCUCCUGAUGGUGGACUUUUUGUUCCUGAGAAGGAGUUUCCAAAAUUAAACUUUGGGGAGUGGAAAAGCCUCGUAGGAGCAACGUACAUAGAAAGAGCACAAAUACUCUUGGAAAAAUGUAUACAUCCUGCUGACAUACCUGCUUCCAGGUUGGGAGAACUGAUUGAAACUGCUUAUGGGGAAAACUUUGCCUGCUCAAAAAUUGCCCCUGUCAGGCACCUGUCAGGCAACCAGUUCAUCCUGGAGUUGUUCCAUGGACCAACGGGAUCAUUUAAAGAUUUGUCUUUACAGCUCAUGCCCCAUCUUUUUGCACACUGUAUUCCACCAAGUUGUAAUUACAUGAUACUUGUAGCCACCUCAGGAGACACCGGGAGUGCAGUCUUAAAUGGUUUUAGUCGUCUUAGUAAGGAUGACAAGCAAAGAAUAGCUGUGGCCACAUUUUUUCCUGAGGAUGGAGUAAGUGAUUUUCAAAAAGCACAAAUAAUUGGCUGUCAGAACGAAAAUGGAUGGGCAGUAGGUGUCAAGUCAGAUUUUGAUUUUUGCCAGACAUCUAUAAAAAGGAUUUUUCAAGAUUCUGAUUUUACUGGCUUUCUUACUGUGGAAUAUGGAACAGUGUUAAGUUCAGCUAAUUCCAUAAACUGGGGCCGACUGCUUCCCCAAGUAGUUUAUCAUGCUUCUGCAUACCUUGAUCUCGUUAGCCAAGGAUUUAUUUCUUUUGGAAGCCCAGUCGAUGUGUGUAUUCCCACAGGAAACUUUGGUAACAUUUUAGCAGCAGUGUAUGCCAAAACCAUGGGAAUCCCUAUUCGAAAAUUUAUUUGUGCUUCUAAUCAGAACCAUGUUUUGACUGAUUUUAUAAAAACAGGACAUUAUGAUCUAAGGGAAAGAAAAUUAGCACAAACCUUUUCACCAGCAAUUGAUAUUCUCAAAUCUUCAAACCUGGAGCGACAUUUACACUUGAUGGCUAAUAAAGAUGGACAAUUAAUGACAAGAUUAUUUAAUCAAUUAGAAGAGCAGCAUCACUUCCAGAUAGAAAAGAUUCUAGUUGAGAAAAUUCAGCAGGAUUUUGUAGCUGACUGGUGCUCUGAGGGAGAGUGCCUAGCAGCUAUUCACUCUACCUACAAUACUUCCGGGUAUAUUUUGGAUCCACACACUGCUGUUGCAAAAGUAGUUGCAGACAGAAUGCAAGAUAAAACCUGCCCAGUGAUCGUCUCAUCUACAGCUCAUUACUCAAAGUUUGCACCUGCUAUCAUGCAGGCUUUAAAGAUCAAAGAAAUCAGUCAGACUUCAUCAAGUCAGGUUUAUUUACUGAGUUCAUACAAUGCAUUACCUCCACCUCAUGAGGCUUUAUUAGAGAGAACAAAACAGCAAGAGAAGAUGGAGUGCCAGGUCUGUGCAGCUGAUGUGAAUGUCCUGAAGAGUCACGUGGAAAAACUAGCACAAAAUCACUUCAUAUAAAAGUUUUCUGAGUAAAAAAAAAAUGUUCUGGUGAUAAGCAUGCAAUAAUAGAUCACAAAAGUUGAUUUG